CUUGAGACUAACCAUUCAUCAAGACAUUGUAGAUUUUUGAUCGUCGACUGCCUGCGCAGGCAUGGCAGGUCCAUCAGAUGACGACCUUGCAGAAGUUCUACCGAACAUGCCAGAUUUCUCUGCCCAAGGCUUUUCUUCAGCAGGCCAACGCAAGUUUCGUCUCCAACUGCUCCUCGACAACAAGGAAAAGCAAUUACAACAGGCAGGAACUCUCGGUCAGCGGGUUCUUGCACAGCAGAUAGAGCUCGAAGAGAAGAUAAGGCAACUCCAGGAAUUUGAUGCCGAACAUGCGGAAGACGAGGAACUUGAUACUGACGCGCGCGAACGUUACCGUGAACUAGCAGAGACCAUUGCUGCUUGGGACGCAGAGAACGCGCAACUAUCCAGUGCCUUUGGCCAAAAACGUCCUCCUACUCAGCCACCAUCUCCGGCCCUACCCAUCAAUGAUCUUCCUCGCGAGGAGCCCGAGCGCUCCAAAGCCUCAGCUUCAUCUGCAGCCCAGUCUCGUCGUGCUAAAAAUGCUGCCCAUCGAGCAGACGACGUCGAAUUUGCGUUCGAGAUUGGAAGCGGACUCCUUACCGAAGUGCGACGGCUCCAGAGUCUUCUCGGCGAGCGUGACAAGGCCAUUCAAGACAUGAAGGAGGAGAAAGACGACCUCGAGAAGACCGUUGAGUCCCUACGUACCGCGCUUCGAUCACAAGAACAAAGCUCUGACAAGUUCAAAGAAGAAAACUGGAACCUCGAAGUCACCGUUCAAGAAUUCCGUACCCAGGUGUCAGACUUGCAGUCAACGAAUGUGCGCCUCGAGGGCGAGCAGAAGCGUAUCGCGAAACUCCUUAACAACGCACGAGAAGUAGCAGAUCAGCACAAGAACGAAGCACAGCGCAUUCAAGCUGUACACGAUGAACAGAAGGCUAAGCACGAGACAGACGUAGCACAGGCACGUAAGCAUGCUGCGGGUCUACAGCGCGACAAGUCAGACUUGCAGUCGGCACUUGAUGCAAUGAAGGCGGAGGUAGAGAAAGCAAGCCGUCGCCUCGGUCCACGAUUCGGGAGCCCACUUACGCCUGGCGCAAGCCAGGGUAAAGAGUACUUGACCCCUGCUGCAGAAGAUGAUGAUGUUUUCACUAGCGUGGCCAGCACCAACAACAGGCGAAAAAUGGACAAUUCGGCCGUGUUCGACACAUUCGAGGAUCUUGUAGACAUUUCCCCCGACCCGUCACCAUCACGCCCGUUCCAUGCGAGCAAUCACCCGAAUAACGAGAUUGAGGCCCUUCAGCAGCGGCUUGCCCACGCCCAGAGGCAGAUCAGCACCCUCAAAGGCAGUUUGCAUCGCGAGAAAGAGAUGCGGAUGGAGUACAAGCGCAAACUGGAGUCCUCCCCUGAGUAUGUGCAUGAUGAGAACGAGCCUCCAGAAGAUGAGGCGAACGAGGAUGACGAAAUUGAGACCAAGCAUCCUCGUCGGCUAACGCCAUACCGUUCUGGAGGUGGCAGAGCUAGGGGCAGGCGAGGUAGGGGAAGGUCCUCCCUUAUAACCAGGCUCGGCAUGGCAGCCCAAAGCCCCAGUCCUGCAUUCGACCACAAUGCCUCACCUCCUCCACCCGUGCCGCCUCUCCCCGAUUUCGCCGACGAUCUUCUGUCCGACGAGGGCAAUGCAGCGGGUGAGCUGGAAGAGCAGAACCUCGACUCCUCACCUUCCGCCUCCUCGAAGCGAACGAGCGUUGACGGUAUGGAUCCCGUUUUUGCCAAUGUCCUGCGCAAGUCUGCGUCCUACAGCUCGCUCCCAAGCCAGUCCAGCCCGCUUCGCCAUGCCGUGCUGACCCGCUCCUCGCCUCGCGGCAUUGGGCGUGGUGGAGCCCCAUCAAGACGCCCUCGUGGCGGUGCUGCCUUCCAGGAGGCCAGACCGGCGUCCCUUGUUGGGGAACCUGAGGCCUUGGCUGCAGAGCUCGGCAUUGUCACUGAAGAUGUUGAAGCCAAAGUGACCGCUGAAAUGGCAUGUCAGACGGACUUCGAGGACGUGAUGUUGCUCGUACCCUCACCUUUUGCCCCAGCGAACGACAUGGGUGUGCAAGCCGAGCAAGCCCUCGAGCCUGCACCAGCAUCCCCUACUACUUCUGAAAUUUCAUGCCAGACUGAUGAGUUCUCUGCCUCGCACAUGGAAACCGCUGUACAGCACGAGCCCACUUCUCCCGUCCCAGUGCGCACAAGCUUCUACCAAAUGCAGGCACCCGAUCGCGUCUUCAUUGCGCGGAACCCAAUGAGGCGCACAACGGUCACGCAGUCAGACUUCUCUCGCCCAUCAGAGGGCGACAGUACCGUACGUAUCCCCGGUGAAGUUACUGGCCGGCGGCCCAUCCCGGGCGGUUUCACCUCUGAGGAGGAGAGCGACAUUGACAUUGAUAUUGACGACGGAGCAACGGAGACCGGUAUGGAGACGGACACGGAUGUGGACGACUACCACGACGCGCGGGGGAGCAUUGCUACAGAGUCACGGGAGGACUUCCACUCUGUGUUGACGAUGUCGGACAAUGACUUUUCGGAGAGCGAUGAUGAGAGUAUCAAGGCGUUGGUGAUCUCGAGGCGGUCGUCAAUGGCGUCUGCGACGCAGCGUCGUGAGUUACACCAUCGUGACACGGCUACGUACGAGGAGAGGGCAAUCGGUAUGGAGGGUGUUGAAGAGCCGAAGGUCAUCGAGGUCAUCAGGGAAGUAGAGGUCGUCAAGGAAGUAGAGGUCAUUAAAGAGGUCGAGGUCAUCAGGGAGGUCCCAAUCGAGGUCAUCAAGGAGGUCCCAAUCGAGGUCAUCAAAGAAGUACCCGUGGAAGUCAUCAAGGAGGUCCAGGUACCAGUUGAAGUCAUGAGGGCAGUCGAGGUGGCCAAGAAGGUUGUCGAGGCCCCCAAGCCAGAGCUGAGAGAUAUGUCCAUUCAAACGGAUACCAUCACUGCUUCGCCCCUCAUUACAAGCUGGCAAGACACCUCUGCAUCGUCCAUGACCCCAACUCCCACUCCCGCACCUUCCCUCCCUGCGUCCCCCGCUCUCUUCCGAGUUGGCACAACAGUACAACAAUUCCAGUUUGUCCCUGCACCCACUGCUGCAGUGCCCGCCUCUCCUUCCCCCUCUAUUGUCCGCGACCCUAGUCUCAAUACUGCAAGCUUCGGCAUUAUUCGCACUGCUACAUCCAAUGCAGACCAUCGGCAGUCAGUUGAAUCUGCAGUUUCUUCCGGCGCCGACGAUGGAUCUCGUCGUUCAAGGACCGCUUCUGUUGUACCCUCCAUCGUAGACAAGACUCGUCCCCCCAUGAUGGCCUUGCCACCUCCACCUCGCCUGCCGCCUCCGUCCGGCACCAUGGCACCACCCCCAUUCAUUCCAGACCGGAGAAUGGCUACCACGUCGUCAACAUCGGAUGCGCCGCCACCUCGUCCAUCCUCCCCGCCACCUCCAGAACUUAUCCAACGUGCCACCACACCAACAUUUGGCACGAUGCUCUCCGUACAUGGCAGAGGGGGAGCGUACGGCCCAAGGCAACAUGGUUCAAGCAUGCCCCCGCCCCAAUCGAAUUUGCGGCAGCCACCAUCUACAAGCAGCUUCCGGUCUGCUGCCAAUGCCGCAGCGUAUGCACAGAACUCAGCUCCACCGUCUGGCUUACCAUCAUGGGGUGUGCGCGAGCAGCAGAGGAAGGAGAUGUCGAGCACGUCUCUGGCUUCCGAUAGAAGCGCGCUUUCGCCACGGUCGUCCAUGUCUUCUGACCACAAUGUCUUCUUGAAUCGCACACCUGUGCCUACUACCCCUGGCAAGAAUGUCGAACAGAUUAGCGACAACAGAAAUAGUAUGUCGACAGACCCCGCUGUCAUCCAUGCGAUUACCCAAACCAUGAUCGGCGAGUUCCUGUACAAAUAUACCCGGCGCACCAUUGGCAAGGGCUAUGGGGAGAAGAGACACAAGCGGUUCUUCUGGGUGCAUCCGUAUACCAAGACCUUAUACUGGAGCUCUGCCGACCCUGGAUCGUCAAACGUCUCAGAGUCAAGUGCCAAGAGUGCUUACAUUGAGGGCGUUCGCUCCGUUUUGGAUCCCAAUCCCAUGCCUCCUGGCUUAUACCAGUAUAGCGUCGUGAUAUCUACAGCCCAGAGAGAAAUGAAGAUUACUGCUCCUACCAAGGAGCGCCACGACAUUUGGCUCAAUGCUUUGAAAUACUUGCUUGCUCGUCCCAGCCCUCCGAUGACACCCUCAACCAGUCAGAAUGAAAAUGGGGCCCCCAUGAGCCCCAUGUCUCAAAGCGCGGAGCUUACAGAUGACGAUCACCGUCACUUGACUGACACAAGCCCCAAAAGUCAACGAAGUGGCCGAAGCAGCCGGAACGGCGGUGCUUUUAGCACCACGCCGCGGGGCAGCCGGAGUCGAUCACAAAUAUCUAUGCGAGGGUCUGUAGGCAAACGGUCUGGAACACCAGCCGCAGAAUACCUCCGAUGGGCAGCUCCCGAGAGCCCGUACAGUCCCACGAAAUCCUUCGAACGAGUAUUAGGUCAUAGCCAAGAAGACGAUGACCUUGAAUUUGAACUCCAUGGCGAAUCUCGGUCGGACGACGGAUUUGAGGGCUUGGAAAAUGUGCGCGCCUGUUGUGAUGGACGUCAUACUGUCGGUCAUUCUGGACAUCACCACCAUCAUCACUCCCACAAUGGUGACCACCUUCUUGAAGUCAACGCUCCCGCACGGCCGGCGUCUCCUGCGUGGUCGCUCCGAUCACGAACGGGGAGUGCACACUCUCACGACACCGGCGGCUUGUUCUCAUGGGGUAGAGGGGACGAUGGGAAGCUUCGCUUUGGCUCUCGACGAUCUACAAAGACUGUACCCAACGCUGCUAGUGAUCGGUAGUUGGGCGAUCAACGCCCUUUUCCUCGCUCUUGCCUUGCCUUUUUUUGCUUUUGCGCACGAUAUCUCGCUUUCUCGCAACCUACCCUCCCUGAUAAUGGUCUUCGUUAUAUCAUGAUAUAAAUCUCUUAUGUUCUGUGACUCUUUUUUUCGUUUCGUGUAUGCAUUAUUCCUUUUUUUUUUGCAAAGUUACAAUACUUCAAAGAACUGAACCCGCUCCUUGUAUCUCACCGGAACGCUAUCUAGUAUACCCACACUCCUUUCCUCAAUUUCAUUCGAUUCACCAUCUACUAAGUUCGAAUAAUCAAGUCCCGUACAUAGUAAGUUAUAUCUGAUCCGUGGUUGCUCAACCCACUACUACUUCGUCAACUUUAGAUCGGUGUAUGCAAAAGCC